AUGAGGCUAGCGUUUCUAGUCCUCUUCGGCUUCGCUGUAGCAGAGAAGAAUUAUGAUAGAUUCAAGGUCCUAAGAGCAUCAUGGGAAGACUCAGAGCAGACAGAAAUUGUUGGAUCGCUUCUUGAGCGUUUUGAAACGAUGAAUCUCUGGGAGCCAGAAUCAUUGGAGAAUAUUAAGUACACUCAGGCGGUUGAUUUUAUGGUUUCGGAAGAAGAAGCGUUGCUGUUUCGUGAGCAAGUUGGGAGCUUUAGUGAAAUUAAAACACUCAUCGAUGACGCAGGAAAGAUCAUAAAUGAGCAAAAAGUCGAGCAGAAAAGAGCAACUCAAGGACUUCGAGGCGCUUCGUACCCAUAUGAUCAGUUUUUGACCUAUCCUCAGUUGGAAGAAUGGAUUUUAGAGAAUUCUGAUGAAGAGUUGAUGUCUUCAGAAGUCAUUGGAACAACCAUCGAAGGUCGAAAAAUAUACGGUGUCCAUCUUGGCGACCAAGAUCCAACUAGUGAUAAGAAGAAAGUUUUCAUCGAAUGCAACAUCCACGCUCGAGAAUGGAUUACUCCUUCCACUUGUCGAUAUUUUAUCCACAUGCUCAGAUCGGCAAAGAAUGGCGUGGAUUUAACUCCAUCAUCGUUUUCCAUGCAAGAUCUAUUAGACAUCCUCGAGCACAACUGGUACAUCAUCGUUUCAAUGAACCCCGACGGGUAUCAGUACACAUUUGAUCACGAUCGAAUGUGGCGAAAGAAUCGAGAGCCGAACGACGGAUCCCAGUGUAUCGGAACAGACGUGAAUCGACAAUUCCCUGUUGGUCAUCUUACUGAAGGAGGAAGUCCAAAUCCAUGCCAUUUUGGAUACGCUGGGAGCGCGCCUUUUACUACAAGAGAGGCGAAUAUCUGGAAAGAUUGGUUCAUGGCGCUGAGAAAUGCAGGAGGAGGAGAUAUGCAUGCUCAGAUUUCCGUUCACAGUUAUUCUCAACUGAUCAUGCCGCCAUGGGCAUCUGACAGACUCGCAAUUCCUGAUGAGCCUGAAGAUAUCGACUAUAAAGGGUCAAUGCAUCUGCUGGAAACACUCUCCCACUGA